GACGGUAGCCGCGUCUUGGAAAAAGGAAAAAAAAAUUGCUUUAUGGAAAAUUAAAUGUUGCUUUGAAACGAACUGGCAGUUAAAGUCCACAAACAGGUAGCGGAAAUGGUUUGGGAACCUAAGAAGGGAUUGCCGUUGCCUUUCGAAACACACCUAAGCAAGCCACCCUUUCUGGUAAAAAAUGGGACAUGGUCAUGACCACGGCCACGGGAAGCUGGAGCUUCCCGAUUACAGACAGUGGAAAAUAGAAGGAACUCCAUUACAGGACAUCCAAGACAAGCUGGCUAAGAAAGGCCUCAGGGACCCUUGGGGCCGCAAUGAAGCUUGGAGAUACUCGGGUCAGUACGCAAAAAGCCCCACUUUCCUAGGCGCCAUAACCAGAGGAUUCAAAUGGGGGUUUGCCGCCUUUGUAGUUGCUGUGGGAGUUGAAUACUACCUGACGGCCGGGGAGAAGACCGAGAGCCACCACUGACAGGAGAAUGUCAUCACCGUUCCACCCUCAGCUGAACUCUAGCUUGCUUGUCGUCGUGCACCUUUCAAGAUCGCUAGUAAAGUUUACCCAAUAGUGUG